GGCGCGGUGCGGGGCGGGCGGCGCUCCCCGCCAGCGCAGCGGAAUGAAGGAGCCGUCGCUGCCCGGCACCUCGCUGCAGCGGGCCUGCCGCCUCCUCGUCGCUUUCUGCGCCCUCCACCUCUCCGCCACUCUGCUCUACUACCUGGCGGGCAGCGCCCUGGGGCCGCCGGGCAGUCCCGAGCCACCGCCGCGCCGCCCGCCGCCCGCCAACCUCUCGCUGCCGCCCUCCCGCCCGCCGCCCGCCGCCCGGCCGCGGGCACCGUCCGGCACCGCGCCGUGCCCCGACACCUCCCCGCUGCUCGUUGGUGCACUACGUGUGGAGUUUUCCCAGCCUGUGAACCUAGAAGAAGUGGCAAGAAUAAACCCAGAGGUUAAAGCAGGAGGUCGUUUUGCUCCAAAGGAUUGUGUAGCACUUCAGAAAGUAGCAAUAAUCAUACCAUUCAGGAACCGAGAGGAACAUCUGAAGUACUGGCUCUAUUAUCUGCACCCAAUUCUCCAGAGGCAGCAGCUAGAUUAUGGAGUAUAUGUUAUCAACCAGGAUGGAGAAGAAGAAUUUAACCGUGCUAAGCUGCUGAAUAUAGGAUUCACAGAGGCUUUGAAAGAGUAUGACUAUGAUUGCUUUGUGUUCAGUGAUGUAGACCUGAUCCCAAUGGAUGACAGGAACACCUACAAAUGUUACAGCCAGCCACGGCACCUCUCUGUAUCCAUGGAUAAAUUUGGAUUUCGGUUGCCUUACAAUCAGUAUUUUGGAGGUGUGUCUGCCUUGAGCAAAGAGCAGUUCACAAAGAUCAACGGGUUCCCAAACAAUUACUGGGGCUGGGGUGGUGAAGAUGAUGACAUUUAUAACAGACUGGUGUUUAAAGGCAUGGGCAUAUCGCGUCCGGAUGCCGUCAUUGGGAAGUGCAGAAUGAUUCGACAUUCCCGGGACAGGAAGAACGAACCCAACCCUGAGAGGUUUGACCGAAUUGCUCACACAAGGGAGACAAUGAGCUCUGACGGCUUAAAUUCACUGUCCUACAAGGUGUUAAGAACUGAAAAGUACCCUCUGUAUACAAAGAUCACAGUGGAUAUUGGCUCGCCGAAAAGCUAACAUCACAGACACAAGAGAGACUUUGCCUGUGUUUUCUAGGACAUCUGGCCUCACUGAUGCUUUAUAUCUGCUGGUUUUAUAACAGUUGCAAUCAACAAAAAAAAGACCUCUUUUGGCAUGCCAAAGCAUUUCCAAAUCGGUUGGACAAGUACUUCUUUUGUUUUGUUUUUUUUUAAUUCCAGACUUGACUUUACACAACUUUCUAGCUCUCCAUUAUUUUGUAAGACCAGAAGCUGUACAUAAGAGUUGUAAAUAUUUACUUUGCCAGAAAAUGCUGAAUCUGAUCUAUUUGCUGCAGUGCUCCCCAAGAUGAGUUAAUUGCUGGACCCAAAUUUUACUGAUACAACUGUGAUGCAUCAGCAGUUACUGCCCAUGAUGUUUUGAUAUUUUAAAUGAGGUGGAUGAAAACAUUCCUUUUAAUUCAUUGCUGGUUUUACUUUAUGAAGGACUGUAAAAUGCUGCUAAAAUUGUAAGUUUAUGCUUUGUAUUAGAUUUUUUUAAAUGGAGACAAUACCAUGUUUUUUUUUUUUCUCAUAGUUACCAAAACAAACAUCUCUGUGUGCAGAGCAAGUGUUGAACAAUCAAGCCUGGAUUAAAUGAAUGUCAUUGUUUCUUUUAAUAUCAAAGGAGGCUUUGAGUGAGUGGAGCAAGUUUGUCAGAAUUUGCCAGUGAACCCUCUACAUAGGGUGGGAACCACAGAAAUGGUAUCUGCAAAAGCCACCGGCUUCAGAUAACCUUACUUCUGGAUGUGGUAGUGACUUUUUGCCUCAGCACACCACCACAUUUUUUUAGGAGGUGAGAUGGAGGUGGUUGGUUUUGUGGGGUUUUUUUCAUGAAAUAAAGAUGAUUGAA